GACACACCUGUGCCGGCAUGGACUGAUUGAUGCCAAGCUGGAGCGAAGAGGCGUCUGGCUGCUCGGUUCCAUGUCGGGUCAAACCCACGAACCAGAUCUGUGUCCCACGUUGAGCCGGUCCCGUUGAAAGUUUGUGGAGGCAGGUGCGACUCGCCUCCUGCGUCCCGACGCCAACGCGUGCGCAGAGAGCGGAUGCCAGGAGCGCGCAGAUUUUUGCGGCGAGCCGAGCCGUGCGUCUGUUUGCGUCAGUGAGCCUGCGCGGCUCGAUGAGCGACAGCAGUAGCAGCAGCAGCAGGAGGGGGAGGAGGAAGACGCACAGACAGUUAUCGUGGCUCAGAGUUGGCCCGGAUGGCACCGAGUUCCCGCUGAACGCCAGCGGCAGACGGAACAAGUGGCGAGUCGGGGGGUGGGUGGGGGGUCUGUGCGUCAAACUCAAAGAAGUCGGGAUGGACGGGAAGGGCACGCUGAAGAUGUUCAGGAAGAAACGGGAACUCAUCAAGACGCCGUCCAUCUCGAAGAAGAGUCGAGCAGGAAGCCCCGGGCCACAGAGCGGCGCCCCAUCUCUGUCCAUUCUCCAGGAGCAGCCUCGGAAAGAUGCGGCCGACGCCACCCUGUCCUGCUCGCCCUCUUCUUCCACCACCUCUUCGACCCUCACCCCCAACUCGGCGGGCCUGCAGGACUCCUCCCUGUCCAACCCGUGCACCCCGAGCCCCCAGCACGCCAAGCUGGCCGCCAUGCAGGGAGUGGGCUGUCCGUCCCCCGUGCCGACCCUGAAGAGGCCGACGGCUCUGAGCCGACACGCCAGCGCUGCAGGGUUCCCGCUUCCAUCGUGGGUCCACACUAAAGGUCAGGGCAAAGGGGCCUCCAGUCCGUCCCCUCAGUCCGAGCUCCCGGAGAGCACCGUGAUCGAGGUGGAGGACAUCCCAGCCCUGCUGAGGGACGUAGCGCGCUUCGCCGAGGCCGUGGAGAAGCUCAAGGAUGUCGUGUUGUCUGAGGGUAAGGAGAGCCAGAGGCCCGUGGCCCACGAGUGUCUGGGAGAGGUGCUGCGAAACCUGCGGCAGGUCAUCAACACGUACCCCCUGCUGAACACGGUGGAGAUCCUCACUGCUGCUGGGAAGCUCAUCUCCAAGGUCAAAGGUUUCCACUAUGAGGCGUCCAACGAGACGGACAAGAAAGACUUUGAGAAGGCCAUUGAGACCAUUGCGGUUGCCUUCAGCAGCAAUGUGUCCGAGCUGCUGAUGGGAGAGGUGGACAGCAGCACGCUGCUCUCCCUGCUGCCCACAGAGAAAAGCAGGUCGAUGGAGAACCUGUACGCCGCCGCAGGCCAGGGAUUAGAAGCCGGGCACUUCAGGAGCGACCUGCAGGACAACGGCAGAGUUGAGGAAGUGGACGUGAUUCUCCAGCGCAGCGAGGGAGGGGUGGACUCGGCUUUGCUCUAUGCUAAGACCAUUUCCAAGUACAUGAAGGACCUGAUGAAUUAUGUGGAAAAGAGAACCUCGCUGGAGGCGGAGUUCUCCAAAGGCCUUCAGAGAUUAUACCACUCCUGCAAACACAGCAUAACACACCCCCACAUGCCGCUCUUCUCCAUCUACUCCCUGGCUCUGGAGCAGGACCAGGAGCAGAGCAUAGGGUCGCAGCAGGCCACCACCACUCUGCACAAUCAGACCUUCAUUCAGCCUCUGCUGCAGCGCAAACAGGAGCACGAGAAGAAGCGGAAGGACAUCAAGGAGCUCUGGAUUCGAGCCAAGAGAAAACUGCUGGAGUGUGAGGCAAACCUGCGAAAGGCCAAGCAGGUCUACAUGGUCCGCUGCGAGGAGUACGAGAAGGCCAAGACGGCAGCCUGCAGAGCCGAGGAGGAGGGAGGAGGCUCUACGGCAAAGUCUGUGGAGAAGAAGAAGCGCGUGGAGGAAGAGGCUCGCAACAAGGCAGUGGAAGCGGAGGCCACCUACAGAACGUGCAUCGCCGACGCCACCACCCAGCAGCUGGAGCUGGAGCACACGAAGGUGACGGUGCUGCGGCAGCUGCAGGACGUCAUCAAGCAGAGCGACCAGACGCUGCGCUCGGCCACCAUCUCCUACUACCAGCUCAUGCACAUGCAGACCGUGGCGCUGCCCGUCCACUACCAGACUCUGUGCGAGAGCAGCAAGCUGUACGACCCCGGCCAGCAGUACGCGGCCCACGUGCGGGACCUGCAGCUCCCCGAGCAGCCCGUCGUCCACUACUCGUUUGAGACGUACUCGCCCACCAGCUCGUCCUCGAGCCAUGGCCACAGACCGAGGAACGACAGUUUCAACACCGACCCGCAUCCGAGUCACGCCGAGGGUCCGUCCGUCAGCGUGGAGCCGGCUGCCGGAGAGACGGACGCUCAGCGUAAAAGACAAGGCCACAAAUCGUGGGGCUCGACGGUGAGCAACGAGAGCGUGGGAGACACGGGGCUGGAGUCUCCAACGGCCAGCACAAGUGACAUUUCUAAAAUGGCUCGAACGUCGUCCACUGGAACGAUGUCGUCCGACGAGGAAACGGAUGAGAAGGAUGGAAACGUUACGUCGUUUGAAACUCAGAAUAUAAACGGCAUGGAUCCAGACGUGGUGGUCUCCACCAGACCUUUCCGGAACAUCGGCCUGUCCAAGGCGGCCCAGACCCACAAACUCAGGAAGCUUCGGACUCCGGCCAAGUGCCGCGAAUGUGACAGCUACGUGUAUUUCCAGGGGGCCGAGUGCGAGGAAUGUUUCCUGUCGUGCCACAAGCGCUGCCUAGAGACCCUCGCCAUCCAGUGUGGCCAUAAGAAGCUGCAGGGCCGCCUGCAGCUCUUCGGCAGGGACUUCACCCAGGUGGCAAGCUGCGCCAGCGACGGCAUCCCCUUCAUCAUCACCAAAUGCAUCUCCGAGAUAGAGAGACGCGCGCUCAAGAUGAAGGGUAUCUACAGGGUGAACGGGGUGAAGACGCGCGUGGAGAAACUCUGUCAGGCCUUUGAGAACGGCAAGGAGCUGGUGGAGCUGUCUCAGUGUUCCCCGCAUGACAUCAGCAACGUCCUCAAGCUUUACCUGCGACAGCUGCCGGAGCCCAUCAUGCCUUUCCGUCUGUACAACACGCUGAUGGGUCUGGCCAAGGAAAGUCUGCAGAGCGAGGGAGACACGGCCGAGGGAGAGGAGGCCGAGUCAAGUGGCACCAACCCAGCUGUGGUCAGGGGGCCCGAGCUGGUGGACCUGGGGACGGAGACGGACCCAGAAAUCCUCGUCUUAGUGGACAGUCUGAAGGAGCUUGUGAAGGAGCUGCCCAAGCCUAACUUUGCCACGCUGCGGUACAUCAUCCGCCACCUGCGAAGGAUUGCAGAGCUGGAGGAGGACAACAAGAUGAGUCCCAGUAACCUGGGUAUUGUGUUCGGGCCGUCCCUGAUGCGUCCCCGUCCCACCGGGGCCACGAUAUCCCUGUCCUCUCUGGUCGAUUACCCGCACCAGGCCCGCAUUGUGGAGGCCCUCGUCGUCUUCUAUUCGUCCAUAUUCCAGUCCAAAACAGGAACCAGCAAAAAUGCCCGCCCCAUGUCUGGCUCUGUGCAGCAGGAAAGCGCUGCCGAUGAAAAGACAGGAAGCCCUGGAGACGGAGAAGAGGACGCAAGUAAAGACAACCAGAGCAAGCAGGAGGAGGGAUGCGGGAGUUCUUUGGGAUCGCUGGGCUCCAGCGAGCAGCUCCCUGACUCCGACUCGGAUGAGAGCAGCCGCAGAUCCAGCAGGCUGGUGAAGCAGGAGAGCGAGGUGAGCAUAGAGGAUGACCAGCUGAGUUACAGGGACAGCCUGGACCUCUCCGGUCACUCUGCCACCCACACCGACCUGGAGCAGGAGGCAGAGCAGGAGCAGGACAACCCCGAGGCCGGAGAGCCCCCCGCUCUACCGGACAGCGGGCCUCCAGAUGAAGCGGCGGCGGCAGAGCAGGAAGUGACGGCCUCCCUGGCUGAGCUCAACGUCAACCAGUCCAACAACAACAACAACCAGCCCGGCUCCUCCAGCGGGAGCCUGUCUGAGGUCCCGCUGGGCCGCCUGUGCACAAAGAAUCUACCCCUGACGAGGAGCCGCGGCGCAGGGCCCGAGUUUGUCUGA